CGCAGAAAAAAAGAAACACUGCACGAUAGGUGUUCAAGACGCCCCUGAUUAUGCAGAAACCGGGAGACAAGUAUAUUGCAAAACUGAGAAAUUAACAUUUAUCCCCAAACCCAGGGUAAACGAAUUAAAUUAUAACCUGAAUCUUACUGCAAUAUUAAAAUCUUGUGACAUCAAACUGAUCCUACCUGUUGAAAAAAUAAGAAAUAACAACGAAAGCCUGAGGCUAUUCGGUAAAACUUAUACAUAACUACAUAGAAAAUAACAUAGAAUAUAGCGAUACGAUGGCCAUUAAAGCACCGUAAUGUCGAAUGGAUCUCUUAAGAACAAACAGAAGUGUAAGUAAACGCAAAUUGAAACAGUGAGACUCGUUUUGAGAUAAAGAACAAAUUAUUGGGAACAAAGGAAAAGGUCCAUCUGCGACCACAUUAAACCUAAAGUAGUUAAAGAUAUUUGAAAGUGACGAACAGUGACGCUUUUAAUUUCAAGUCCAAUGUUUACAUCCUAAGUGAUUUGAAGAAUUGAAAAGGCAUAGUGUUAGUGAGAAAUUUUAGAUAAAAAAAUGUCACUCAAGUGAAAUUGGAGGGCUUGGGUCAAACUGGAAAUAAGAAAUAACAAAUUCGCACUUUGUUUCCGUCAAGAUUAUUCAAUUACACGGUUUGCAACUAUAAACAGUUCUUCUUAAGUAGUUUUGGUCACCUUAAAUCCUAAAAUGAAGUGAACUGGACUGUAUUCAAAUAAAAUCAUUAUUUCUAGCGUAUUGAAGUGUGCUUUUGUGUACUAUUUUUGUUUAAGAAACAGUCGUUCAAUCAUACUCCUCUGUGUGCAACUAUUGAUCGUACUGCUCUUUUGUUUGUCAAAAUGAGAAAUAAUGAAAAUAACUUUGUCAUACAGAGCUCUUUAAUUUGUUUUAAACAUAUCUCGUAGCUUUUAAACGAUUGUGGAAGAAAUAGCGUUUUUUGCGGCCCGGUUCAGUUGCCUAGUCACCGUAUAACAUAAAUAUGUUCGAAAAUGAUUGCUUGCGUUCAAAGGUUAGGUGCGGUUAUCAAAACGGAUCUUCCUGUUUAUGAAAACUAUGGAUUUUUGUGUUCCCGUGCCUGGUCCAGGGAGAGUAAAUCAACUCGGCGGUAUUUACAUCAACGGAAAGCCCCUACCCAAUGAAGUCCGAGAAGAAAUCGUUGAAUUGGCGCGACGCGGAGUUCGUCCUUGCGACAUUAGUCGAAGGCUAAAAAUUACCCAUGGUUGUAUCAGCAAGCUGCUAUCAAAAUAUCAGAAAACGGGAUCAAUUAAUGCUGGAGGUGCUAAUGUCGGAAGGCCAAGAGUGAUAACUCUCCGAAUGGAGCAGAAGAUAGAGCAGUACAGGCGAGAACAACCAGGAAUUUUCUCCUGGGAGCUGCGUGAUCGCCUAUUGCGUGAAAACGUGUGCAAUAGGGAGAAUCUACCUUCGCUAAGUUCAAUUAGCCGCCUUAUCAAGCACAAGAUGAUCAAUCUAGUCUCUAACAGAAAACGAGAAUGCAGUGCGAAUGAGGGCGAGUUUGCUGCUGUCGACACCAACACUUCCCAUUCAAAUGGUGAAUCGUUAAAUCAAAGAACGGAAGGGCAUGCACGUAAGCAAGGCUUCAAUCAAAUCAACCUUAGAGGUUCAAAUUUGGAUAAGGAUUGUAUAAUAUCUGGCCGACAGCGCCGAAAGAGGGCAAAGUACACAAAAAAUCAACUUCUAAAGCUGGAAUUAGAAUUUGAGAGGAACCCGUACCCUAAUUCAUGGGAACGCGAAACUUUGGCUCAGCAGCUUGGAAUCCACGAGACAAGAAUCCAGGUAUGGUUCUCAAAUCGCCGAGCGAAGGGAAGAAGAGAACGUUUUGGCGAUGAGGGUAGUCAAAGGCAAUCCAUUUCAGCCCCAGUUUGCACAUGUCACACAUACCGCCAGCCGCUUCGCGCCCCGUGGGUGAUGGAGACCAGUUUUCCAACAUUUUUCUUUCCACCACCUGGAUACUGGACCUAGUCAAAAACCAUUGGUGCUCUUUUUAAGUCUUGGACUGCGAGCUUUUAUUUAUACAACGGGGAGCCGCGUUCCCAUACCUCAAAAAAAAAAAAAAGGAUUUGCGAUGCCAGGAUAGAAUGUCUCUAUACAUAUAUAGAUUUGUCGAUUAAGCAGUAAUCGAGGUUAUGCGAUUUUAAUUUUCAGGGGCGUGGUUAGCGAGCGAGCGCUCAAGGGAUAACCUAGUUUGCUUUCAAUUCAAUCUGCACAUCAGAAAUAAAAAGGCUCAUCAAAUUUUU